AUGAGUAAUCAUUCAUUCAAGUCAAUAUCUUCAAAAGACGAUGAUGAUAAAGAGGAACAGGUUCAUCAUGCACGUCUAGAAGAGAUUGAAGAAUAUGAUGGUGACAUCAAUAACAAUAAUAACAAUAAUAACAAUGAUGAUAAUGAAGUUGGAAUCAUAUUGGAACCGAUUAAUCGUGAUCCUGAUAAUAGACCUGAACAACUAUACUCCCCCGAAGAAGAGAUCAAAGAUGGUGAUGAAUUGUUAACCAAACUAACAAAGACAACUUCCAAAGUUGUAAAGUACCUCAACAAUGCCAUCAAGGAGAGGAACAAGAGAUUGGAGGAGAAGUUUAAAGAGUCAGAGAUUGAAGAGACUAUUGUGAAGGGAUUGGAACAUGUACAUAGUAAGACUGUUGGUGCAGUGUAUGAUGUACAUAGAGAGCGUCAAGAGAAGAUGGAGGAGGAGAAGAGGAUCAUUUGGGAGCAGGAUAAGCAGCAUGUUAACAAGUUUGAAUGUUUGGACUAUAUCACUAUAUAUAACAAAGCAUAUCGUAAUGAGAUGUACAAGAACUUCAACAAAUUGGGUUCAAACUAUGAGUGGCUACGAUGGAUAAUGUCCUUCUUCAUGGGUGUCAUCAUCGGUGUGGUCGCAUACCUGGCUCACCUCGGCAUAUCAAACAUCUCAUACUACAAGUUCAAGUUUGUCAAGGAAUUGCUCGAGUCAGACUAUUGGAUCGCCUUUUUGGCCUACUUCACAUGUAAUGUCGCAUUGGCAUUGCUCGGAUCAUUUCUAGCGGUAUAUUAUGAUCCUUACGCCGCAGGCUCUGGCAUUCCAGAGGUCAAAGGAUACCUCAAUGGCACGAGAAUACCUCAUGUAUUGAGAUUCAAGACAUUGUGGACCAAGUUGGUAUCGAUGAUAUUUGCCGUGUCAGCCAAUCUUCAAGUUGGAUCAGAGGGUCCAAUGAUUCACAUGGGUGCCAUCGUCGGUAAUGGCUUCUCCCAAGCACAAUCCAAGGUGUUUGGAUUCAAGGUACCUCUCCUCCAACAAUUCCGCAACGAUAAGGAUAAGCGUGACUUUGUUACAAUGGGCGCUGGCGCAGGUGUCGCCGCUGCAUUCAAGGCACCAUUGGGAGGCGCACUAUUCUCCUUGGAGGAGGUCAGUUCAUUCUGGUCGACAUCACUCACAUGGAGAUCAUUCUUUGCAUGUCUCGUUGCCACCUUCACUGCCAGUGUGCUCAAGGACUUUGGCCUAACACCUGAACCCGCCAAGCUACUUGGCGCAGUGAUCGACACCUCAGGCAGGAGAUAUGAGCUACUUGAACUCAUCCCAUUCAUUAUCAUUGGUGUGAUUGGAGGCUUUGCCGGUGCAUUGUUCACAUACAUCAAUGUCAAGGUGGUGGCCAUGCGUAGAAAAUACAUCAACAAGAUCAAGUCCCUGCGUGUACUCGAGGUAUUCUUUAUCAUUGGCCUAUCAUCCAUUCUCCAGUUUGUACUUCCCCUGAUGUUCCCAUGUCAGCCAAUCGACUCUUUGAUCGUUGAUGGCUACAAACUCAACACAACAAUCAUUGAAGGCGCAUCAGAGUCACUCAAGAGAUUCACAUGCGAAGAGGGAUAUUACAAUCCUCUGGCAUCAAUCAUGUUUGCAUCGAAUGACCAAGCCAUCGACAACUUAUUGGUACACAACACAACAUUCUACAACUUCACAAAUAGUGUUGGAAUCGUUGCAUUGUUGGUGUUCUUCCUGUUCUACUUCGUAUUCGCCGCAUACACCGCUGGCUGUGGUAUCUCAUCUGGCACCUUCGUACCCAUGAUUGUGAUUGGUGCUGCAUAUGGACGCCUGGUAGGACUCAUCAUGCACAUGGUUGUCAAGAAUCACGAGGUCGAUCCAGGUGUCUUUGCAUUGAUGGGUGCGGCAGCAUUCAUGGCAGGCGUGUCAAGACUGACCAUAUCACUCUCUGUGAUCCUCAUCGAGAUGACCAGUGAGCAACAGUACAUCUUGCAACUGAUGGUCACUGUGAUGAUUGCCAAGUGGGUGUCGGACGCACUCAUUCAUCCAUUGUUUGACCUGUUGAUCGAUAUGAAGUACAUCCCAUACUUGGAGCCACAUGCCAGCAAGGCCAUGAAAAUCUUGAUGUGCAAGCAUAUUAUGGCCAAGAAGCCAGUAUACUUACUCGAGAAGGAGACGCUUGGACAUAUUCUAGAGGUAUUGGAGAAGACAACACAUAAUGGAUUCCCAGUGGUCAAUAAUCAUGAAGAUAGAUGUGUCAAGGGAUUGAUAUUACGAUCACAACUAUUGAUGAUACUCGAGGCAAUGUCACAAGUAUACAUCUCAAACAAUGAGGAGGUCUACUCACAUAGUGAUUACACGACCAAGCUCACAUGGACGUUGCCUGAGCUCAAAGACUUCAACUUUACCAAAGAGGAUCAUCCAGCCCAAGUCGACUUGACCAAUGUCAUGAACCUUACAGUCAUCACUGUCAACGAAGAGUUUGCUGUCAGUGCCGCAUUCCAACAAUUCAGAUCAAUAGGUCUACGCCAUAUGCCAGUUGUCAACUCAUAUAAUAGACUCAAGGGCAUUAUAACAAAGAAGGACUUGUUGGAGAAGACUUGUGAACAGAAGUAUUUGGAACUGUCUCAUAAGAAGUUGGAUGUGGACAAGUUGAUAAGGGAUGGUGAUGAUGACGAUGCCUCACAACCACUCAAUCAUUCAAACAACGCAAGGUUAAGACCCAAUUCACAAGUUGCCAAUCAUUAA